UUCUUCGCCCCAAGAUUCUCCCAGGAGGCUCCUGCGUAGCCUGGCAACUUGGGCUCACUUCGGAAGUCAAGCCGAGGUUCGCAGCCUGAUUCGCCUGGGGUGCGACCCGACUCCAGCCUCUCUGUGCAGACCAUGGCCGUGCCCGUCUACUCAGUCCUGGUCACCAAGAACACCUUCCUGGACUGCAGGUCGCCGUGGCUGGAUCCCGUCGUCCUGCCACGGAGGCCCAGCUCCGACCCCGCCACCUCCACCGCCUCCAGCGAGCACACGGACAUGGCCUCGGAGGGCGGCGCCAGCAGCGCAGCGGCGGGAGAGGGCGCCUUCCGUCGGAGGACAAGGGCACAGCGCCGCCGCCAGCAGCGCAGGCAGAUAAACGACCCGUGCACGGCCUCCAACCCCUCGCAGGAGGCGGGAGCCUCGGCCUCCUCGCCGCGCGGCGCGCCUCCCCCGAGCUGCCUGACGCGCCGGAGGCGCGACGGCGGCGGCGCCGAGUCCGCUCGGCCCUGCGCCGAGGGCCUGCCAGGGGCGCAGCAGGACCGCCUGGUCGGCAAGGCGGGCCGCCAGAGCGGGCCCGCGGGGGGCGGCGCUCCGAAGGGGUCGGGCCCCGGCGUCGGCACCGCGUCGACGAAGGUCUCGCUGUGAGGGUGCCCGCCGCUCGGGGCGGCCUUCCGUCGGUGCCCCCGCCUCCCCUCGCCAGGCCCUGGGCCUCCCGACGGUUUCGGUUCCCCUCCUCGUCUCCCCCGCCUCCCCUCUCCACGCCCCGGGCCUCCCCUCCUCGUCUCCCUCCUUCUUCCUCGGCUUCGUUUUGGCUGCUGUGUCUCGCGCAUCCCAUCCCCGCAGAGGGCAUGCUUCCGGGAUCGGGGCGUUUUGCGCAGCGAGGUCGAUGCACCCGUAAUGGCGUGCGUUCGUAGAGCGAGUUUGGUACAUUUUGUAUUUUUUGUUACCCGCGCUUUUCAAGCUGACAUGCGGGCCAGCUGUUUUUAUCAACGCGUGCUCCGCCCGCGAGUGUGGCAGCACGUGCCACUUUUUGGAAGUCUGGACAACACCUCUCCUGACGUUUAGAAUGGAAAGAAAGAUGGGGGAGAGGAUGAUGGUGCGGGCGAGUGCGGGACCCAGGGAGAGUUUUUCAACGCCGCGAAUGCCGAGUCGUUUUAUAUUUCUUCUAGAUGAUAUGUCCUUCCCAGGCCCGAUAUACCGUUCGGGACAUUUCCACAUGUUGUAUCUGGACUUGGCGUGAACGGCUGCAUGCCCGAGGCCGGAGUGGAGUUCCGAAGUCUUUGAGAGAAGGUCUACGCUACAGCACUGAUUACUUCGACGACCAAGCUGUACGUGACGACUUGAACACUCAGUGAUACGCAGUGUUUGCUGCGACGUGGGCGAAUAUGCAUGUGUUGCUGCCGUUUGCGACCGUCGGGGUUGUUGCUGUUUUUUGCUGAGCCAUGUCGAGCUGGUCGCAGCAAUGAUUGUUGUUCCACAUAUCAAGUUGAGCGGCGGGGCGAGCGUAGACCGAGCUGUUCCCUGGAACGUUCAGUCCUCUGUGCGCCAAGGUUCGGCCGAGCGGUCUCCUCUUCGUCCUUGCUUUGCUUCAAAGAAAACAUCCAUUCUCCCAGGAGGCCAUCGUGGGCGUAUUGCAGCGAUCUUUCGGCGCCCUGUGAUGGGCACGCCGCUGUAUCCCAUGG